CAUCGCGUCAGAAGAAGGGAAGAAGAAGGCGCCUGGGACGUCAACAGAUCAUCACGGCCUGCACCACGUUGUGUGUGGGAUCUUUAUCUUUGGUUGUCUUUCGGUGUCCUUCGCACUACUUCCGGCGCCACGGCUGCUUCGGCUUCAGUGUGUGUAUCCCCUCCUUCUGACCCCUCCCACCACCCCACGCCGGAUGGACCCAGCGGCAGAACCGCCCCCACAUCGACCGCACAAAUGGCCAGCAACCUGUCGCAGGACGGAGGAUCAUACAAGGGCCCUCUCAUGCACCUCUUCCCGCCUCACAGCUGGAAGGAGGCCGCAUCCACCGCCGCUGGGCCUGCCGAGGCGGGUGCGGGUGUCACUGAGCAUGAGGAGGAGGGGCCUCUGCCGGUGGGCGUCGGCCACCCAAGGGAGUUCGCGAGUUAUGUGAACUGCAAGGAGUGGCCAGCGGAGCAGUUUGACCUCGUCAAGACGCUGGCCAAAGCUAUCCACGGCGAUGUGCUGCUGAUGAUGCACAAGCCGUCCAAGGACCUUGUGGUGGUUAAGAAGAUGAAGAACGAGAACGUCGAGAGGAGGGGGCCGCACCAGCUGGAAAACGCCGAAAACGAAAUCGGGUGAGUGAAGUGAGCAACACGACAGACAGGGGACAACAAAGACGGUGCGGCUGAGCACGUGUUUGUGUGUGUGUAUGUGUGUGUCAGUGUGUCGUGUUACUUGACGCGCUACACGACGAGCGAGUUCAUAGUGCGCAUGAUUGAGGUGUUCCGUGACGCCAGCUUCACGUACUUCGUCACCGAGCUUGCAGACAAGGGGGAGCUCUUCAACAUUGUGGUCGAGAGCAAGAUGCUCGACGAGGGCCGCACCAAGUACUACAUGGCUCAGGUGAGUCAGUCUGCCAGCCAGCCAGCCAGCCAGCCAGCCAAAUCGGACGGCAAACAUGCCUGCCUGCCUGCUUGAUUUCUUUGGUCUCUUCUGCUCUGUGGUUAGGUGUUGCGCGCGGUCAAGACGUUGCAUGACAACGGCAUCGUCCACCGCGACAUAUCGCUGGAGAACACCCUGCUGCACAGCGACGACACUGUCCGGCUGGUGGACUUCGGACAGGCCGUGCCGCUGUUUGACAGCAAAAGCGAAAAGCGCAAAGACAAACUCCUCACCGGUGUGUCAGUGAAGAUCAGCAGCACACCUUCGAGAAUCACAUGUGUGGUUCGUGGUGCCAUGGCUGUCAGGUCGUGCGGGCAAGUCCUACUACCGUGCGCCUGAGAUGUAUUCGGUAGCGUACCGCGGGCGGCCUGUGGACAUCUUCGCGUGUGGGGUCAUGAUGUUCAUCAUGGCGCUGGGCACACCGCCAUGGCAGCAGGCGACACUCAACGACGACCGAUUCGCUUUUAUACAAAAGUCAGCACAGAGAGACAGAGAGGGAUGUGGCGUGUACCGUACCCGUGUGUGACUUGUGCUAUCAGGUAUUCGAUGAAGCCUUUGCUCGAGAAGUGGAACCGGCUGCACCUCAUCUCUCCCCAGCUGCUGGACCUCAUGGGUCGCAUGCUGCGAGUCGACCCCGCCACGCGCAUCACCCUGCCAGAGGUCUUCAGCCACCCAUGGUUCAACGACCCCAACCUCGCACACCCUCCAUGGACACCCGGGCCGCCCCAAGCCAGCAGCUUCUUCACCGACAUCCCCCCAUACGCCCCCCCUCCCCCACCACCCCUCCCACCAGACGCAGCCCCGCCACCGCCCCAACCCCCGCCGCAGCGCAAGAACCUCUUCCCGCACUCUCGACGCGCCCAGCAGCUCUUCGGCGAGUCGUCCUCGUCUGCAUCAUCACACCAUGCACACAGGCCGCCGAUGGGCACCGGCAGGGCAGGGCCGUACGGCUAUGGGCCCGCCUUUGGGCAGAGCAUUGGCCACACCAUCCAGAUGGGGAGCAGAGACCGGUUUGAGGCCACUGGCGAGACGGACGCUAUCAUGGGGGACAUGCACCAGUCCAUGGGGGGGCACCACAUGGGCCACCCCGGGCACUCGAUGAUGCACCACCAGGCACAUCGGCCGGUCGGGCGGAUGCCGGCGGCAAUGGAGACGGACGAGGGGCAGGGCGGCGCGGGGCAGGAGAGGGAGAGGAGCGGCCCCACUCCCAUGGAGAGAUGACAUGAGAUGGAUGCACAGAGGCAGUGAAGAGGUAGACAGACACGAGACGAGACGAGAGCUCAGUUUUUCGUUAGUCGGACAGACAGUCGGGUGGUGGAUCGAUAUCGACGAGCGCCUGCCUAAGUGGGUGCAGUGAGUCAGUGACGAGUUUGAGGGCGUGUGUGCGUGGGAGCGUGGUGC